AUGGCAUCUCUCGAGGACUUCAUCCAACAGCUCAGUGCAGAGCACCCGGAGGAUGCAGAGGACCUCCAGGAAGCCUUGGAGCUACUUCAGCGCCAGAAGAUCCACAGCUUAACCCGCUUGGCGAAGCUCACCGAUGCUCAGUGGCAACGCCUGAACCUCGCUUUGGGCAUUGAGGCGCUGCUACGCGAGGCGGCAGAAGCCCAGCUGGCAGGCAAAGCUCCUGUGCGGCUCCUGUCAGGGCUGGGACGGUGGGGGAGGAUGCCUUGGGGCGAAGUGCCGGCCUUGACCCGUAUGGAUUGCCCAUCUCCCCGUUCCGUUUCGGCUCACCGGCAUGACGCAUGGGUCGACGGCCCGGCUUCCCGGGGGAAGGGCCACCUGUCGUGGCCCAUCGGUCGACCUGACCUGGGGGGUGUUCCACCCAUCUUUGGAGGUGGUUUGCUGGGUGUUGGUGUUUGGUGUUUGGUGGUUCGAAAGGCCAGAAAGGUAAAGGUGAGUUGUGCCAUGUUGUGCCUGUCUUGCUUUUUUCGGUGGGUGGAUCCUUCAGGCCCAGGAAUCGAGGUGGAGAGUUCGGAGGGUGCUGCUUUGCGCAGAACAUCUCUUUAG